AUGAAUCGCUUAUCAUCAUCAGCAGCCAUGAACUUCCACCGCCAAUUACUCGCCCAUCACAGCCGAACCCAGCUGAUCAAACGAGCGAUCAAGCCCUGUGAAGUGUUCAUAAACCAUAGAGGGAUUGACACGAAGAAAACAAUAGCCACCUUGCUGUACGAUUAUCUUCACCGUUUCAACCUACGUCCUUUUCUAGACAACAAGACAAUGAAGCCGGGAGACAAACUUUUCGAAAAGAUCGAUGGUGCAAUACAAGGAUGCAAAAUCGGCGUUGCCGUUUUUUCUCCCAAUUAUUGUAAAUCAUAUUUUUGUCUGCACGAGCUGGCUCUUUUCAUGGAGUCAAAGAAGAAGGUCAUCCCUAUUUUUUGCGACAUUAAGCCUUCCCAGCUUUCUGUUCCGAGUAAUGGCGUUUUCUCGGAGAAUGAGCUCCGGCGGUUUCGCUGGGCUCUUGAGGAGGCUAAGCACACCGUUGGGCUCACGUUCGACUCCUUCAAGGGGAACAUAACAGAUGUUGUGACAAGUGCUUCAGAAAUUGUGAUCGAGAGCUUGAUAGAGCUUGAGAAUGAAGAACAUAUGAAGCGUAGGAAAUCUCCUCUCUCACAGUAA